AUGAAGCACAAGACUGCCUUUGACAACAUUGCCUUUGAGGAAGAUGCAGAAGAUUUGCCCUCCCUUCGUUCUCAAGUCGACGUUGUUACAGUCGGUAUUUUGGGUAUGACUUGCCAGGCAUGCGUACAGUCCAUACAGGGGAAGAUUUCCAAGCUAAAAGGCAUUGUGCAUGCCAAGGUUUCUCUCGAGCAAAAGAACGCUGUAAUAAAAUAUUUGGGAGUGGAAAUCAGCCCCCACCAGAUCAGCCAGGAGAUCCAGGACAUGGGAUAUGAGGCCAGCACGGUCGAUGCAACGCGUUCUCCGAGGCAAUUGGCCAGCGAAGCUUCUGUUAAGAUCAGGAUAGAAGGCAUGACCUGUCAAUCGUGUGCCAACGCUAUUGAGGGAAAGAUUGGAAAACUACAGGGCGUGAAGAGGAUUAAAGUGGCCCUCAUCAACCACGAAGCCAGCAUUGUUUAUCAUCCCGACACAAUUAAUCCCGAAGAAUUAAAGAACAGCAUAGACAGCCUGGGAUACAAAAGCACCAUUAAGCACAAGCAAGACCCAUUAAUGCUUGGUGUGAUUGACAAGGGGCGCCUGCAGCAGAUGAAUGCAAGAACACUGGCUGGGCUGGAUGGCAAGAGAGAUGCAACAGAGAACCAUGGAAAGGACCCAUCAGUUGUCGCAUUGGCUGUGGAAGGGAUGCAUUGCAAAUCCUGCACUGACAUCAUCGAAAAGUCCAUCUCAGACUUGACUGGUGUCCAUCGUAUUCAGGUGUCUUUGGAACAGAAAAGUGCGGUUGUGUGGUAUGACCAGAACCUGGUCACCCCGUCCUCACUACAACAAGCUAUCCAAGGACUCCCUCCUGGUCAUUUCAAAGUAUCCUUUUCUAGCGGAACGGAGAACUGUAACGGAGCGUUUCCCUCCCAUGCAGCGCCCUCCUUUUCUCAUCCCAGCCGUCUUCCUCAAGGACAUCUGCAAAGCGAACCCAGCAGCACUGUGAUCAGCAUUGGCGGAAUGACCUGCGACUCCUGCGUGAAAUCCAUUGAAGGCUUGAUAUCUCAGAGGAAAGGGGUGGUUCACAUAUCAGUAUCUUUAGCUGAAGGGACUGGAACCAUAUGCUACGAUUCAGCUCUAACAGACCCUGAAGAACUGAGCGCUGCUAUAGAAGACAUGGGCUUUGAUGCUUCUGUGCUAACAGACACCGCCGUUGGAAGACUUACCACUGGAAGUAGCGAGGCCAGUGAACCAGUUUCUGCUCUUUCGAGAACCAAACCUGUUUCUGAAUUGCCAUGUGGCGAUGUUGUGCUGGAGACAGAGGACUUGCAUCGUGAUCAUCCAAGGCCACCCAGUGCGGGAACCACUGAAAAAUGCUUUAUGCAGAUCAUGGGCAUGACCUGUGCAUCUUGUGUCUCAAACAUUGAAAAUAAUCUACAAAAAGAAAAUGGAAUCGUUUCUGUGCUUGUUGCCUUGAUGGCGGGGAAAGCCGAAAUAAAAUAUAAACCGGAGUUGAUUCAGCCUCUGGAGAUAGCCCAGCUGAUUGAGAAUUUGGGCUUUGACGCUUCAGUCAUAAAAGAUUACCCUGACGCAGAUGGCAAUAUAGAUCUUAAGAUCCUAGGGAUGACUUGUGGUUCAUGCGUGCAUAACAUUGAAUCCAGACUUGUCAAAACGCCUGGCAUCCUUGAUGCGUCCGUAGUGCUGGCCACAUCCAAGGCCCGUGUGCGCUUUGACCCCGAAGUCAUCGGUCCUCGAGAUAUUAUAAAAAUUAUUGAGGGAAUUGGUUUUCAACCAUCUCUGGUUAAAAAGGGCCCACGGGAUCACAGCUUAGAUCACAAAGAAGAGAUCCAACAGUGGAAGAAAUCAUUCUUAUGCAGUCUGGUAUUUGGUAUCCCUGUUUUGAUCUUAAUGAUUUACAUGCUAAUACCUGAUGGUCAGCCGCAUGGAUCGUCGGUGCUGGAGCAAAACCUAAUUCCUGGAUUAUCUAUUCUAAACCUUCUCUUCUUUGUCCUUUGCACUUUGGUUCAGUUCCUUGGUGGCUGGUACUUCUACAUCCAGGCCUAUAAGUCAUUGAAGCACAAGAUGGCCAAUAUGGAUGUCCUCAUAGUGCUGGCCACGACUAUCGCUUAUGUUUACUCCUGUGCUAUCUUACUGGUCGGAAUGGCGGAACAGGCAGAGCAAAGCCCCCUCACCUUUUUUGACACCCCUCCAAUGCUGUUUGUGUUCAUUGCUCUCGGUCGGUGGCUGGAACACAUAGCGAAGAGUAAAACAUCAGAGGCGCUUGCCAAAUUAAUAUCUCUUCAAGCCACAGAGGCUGUUGUAGUGACACUCGGACCUGACAACAGUGUCAUCAGGGAGGAUCAAGUACCUGUCGAGCUGGUUCAGCGAGGAGACAUCGUCAAAGUGGUACCUGGCGGAAAAUUUCCAGUUGAUGGGAAAGUAAUUGAAGGCAGCUCUAUGGCAGAUGAAUCCCUAAUCACUGGGGAAGCCAUGCCUGUCGCCAAGAGACCUGGCAGCACUGUGAUUGCAGGCUCUCUCAAUGCCCACGGCUCUGUGCUUGUCAAUGCGACACACGUUGGCUCUGAUACCACCCUGGCCCAGAUUGUGAAAUUGGUCGAAGAAGCUCAGAUGUCAAAGGCACCUAUCCAGCAACUGGCUGACAAAUUUAGCGGGUACUUUGUCCCGUUUAUCAUCAUAAUUUCUACCACAACACUGAUAGCAUGGAUUGUGAUUGGAUUUGUAGACUUCAAUAUCGUGCUGAAAUACUUUCCUCAUUACAGUAAACACAUUUCAAAAGCAGAAGUCAUCGUGCGGUUUGCCUUCCAGACCUCCAUCACAGUCCUGUGCAUUGCCUGCCCCUGCUCCCUGGGGCUGGCGACCCCGACCGCUGUGAUGGUGGGCACCGGAGUCGCUGCGCAGAAUGGUAUUCUCAUCAAAGGUGGGAAGCCUCUGGAAAUGGCACACAAGGUCAAUACUGUGAUGUUUGAUAAAACGGGGACGAUCACUUACGGGGUCCCCAGAGUCAUGAGGAUCCUCUUGUUAGGUGAUGCGGUAGCCACUCUCUCUCUGAAGAAGAUCCUUGCUGUUGUUGGCACGGCCGAAGCCAGCAGUGAGCAUCCCUUAGGGGUGGCUGUCACUCGAUACUGCAAAGAGGAGCUUGGCACGGACAUCCUGGGGUAUUGUCAGGACUUCCAGUCAGUUCCAGGCUGCGGAAUAAGCUGUAAAGUCAGUAGCAUUGAAGCGAUGCUGGGGGAGACGGAGCAGCAUUUGGAUAGCCUGAGCCCUCAACUUGGUGACGCUGACAGAGUUCCUGCAAACCAGCAUUCACAGACUCUGCUCUCCGAACUGGGAGUCCCUCAGACCUACCCAGUAUUGAUCGGCAAUCGGGAGUGGAUGAGGCGGAAUGGCUUGCACAUCUCCAGCGACGUCCAUGAAGCAAUGACUGGCCACGAAACAAAAGGACACACCGCUAUACUGGUGGCUAUAAAUGGGUAGCCGACAUGUGUGCUUUGCGGCAUGAUUGCGAUAGCGGACUCCGUCAAGGAGGAGGCAGCUCUGGCGAUGCACACCUUGCAAAAUAUGGGCAUGGAUGUGGUGCUUGUGACGGGUGACAACAGGAAAACUGCCAAAGCAAUUGCAGCUCAGGUUGGAAUCCGGAAAGUCUUUGCUGAGGUUCUCCCAUCGCACAAAGUAGCCAAGGUCCAGGAACUCCAAGUUGCUGGGAAGAAAGUUGCCAUGGUCGGAGACGGGGUCAACGACUCCCCGGCUUUGGCGAGAGCUGAUGUUGGCAUUGCUAUUGGAACAGGCACAGAUGUCGCCAUUGAAGCAGCAGAUGUCGUUCUUAUUCGUAAUGAUUUGAUGGAUGUGGUUGCAAGUAUCCAUCUCUCCAAGAGAACAGUGAAAAGAAUCCGAUUAAAUCUAAUCCUAGCCUUAAUAUACAACCUCCUUGGGAUACCCAUAGCAGCAGGAGUUUUCAUGCCUAUUGGAAUUGUGUUGCAACCAUGGAUGGGGUCAGCAGCCAUGGCAGCGUCUUCAAUAUCAGUAUUGCUCUCUUCUCUGCAGCUAAAAUGCUACAAGAAGCCAGACGUGGAAAGAUACAAAGCACAAGCUCGGGGUUCCAUGAAGUCGCUGACUCCUUCCGAAGUCAGUGUCCAUAUUGGAAUGGAUGACAGGAGACGGGACUUGCCCAAAUCAGGUGCUUGGGACGAGAUCAGCCACGUGUCUCUUUCUUCCCUGACCUCCAAGCGAAUGCCAGGACAUUCAGAGAACCUUCUAGGGGACGAAGCGGACAGGUGGUCGCUGCUCACCAAUGAUCAGGAUGAAGACCAGUACAUUUAA